AUGUAUGGAGACAUAGCUAAUAAGCUAAUAUUAGAUGCCAAAAGGUCAUCAAAUUUGUCCAGUAUCCCAAUUUAUCAAUCUGAACUAAUUAGAGAUAUAGUCAAAGAAACAAACGAUUUAAACAAAGAUGCCGACUACUUAACUGAAGUUCAUGAUGAAAUCACAAAUCAUCUAGAUACAUUAACAGAACAGUAUAAUGAUUCCCUUGAGAAGCUACAAGAUAUAAACAAACAAAGGGUUGAUUUAGAUAAAAAAUUGAAAGAAAUUGAGAAAAAAGAAAGAGAUCCACGAAAUUCUAAAGAUUAUACUAAUGAGAAGAACGAAAUAACUGGGUUAGAUACCGUGUUGGCUAAAAGAAAGGAAACUACGGCCAACCAAGCACAAGAAUUAUCUCAAGAGAUAGAACAGAUCAAUGAAAAACAUUCAAAAAUUAAUCAAUGUCAAUUGUUUGUUACCCAUUUGUCUAUGAGAAGAAAUAAGCGAUGCUUGUUGGCUUAUGAAAAGUUGAGGGCUGAUAAAAUCUCAGAGUUUGCAUGGUUGAAUAUUGACCCCAUUGAAGGAACACCUACGUCGACUUCAUUAGAAUCAAAUGUCAAUCCAAUAACAAAGAAUUUAACUGGGUUCACUACAUCGUUGGAUUUGAAUAAUUUGAACCAUUUUGAACAGGAUUUUUUCAAACAGUACCAGGAUCUCAUUAUGAAUUUCAAAUCUGAUUUUGAAGACAUUGAUUUAAGUGGAGAUUUGAACCCACCGACUAAUAUUUUCAUCGAUGUUAGAGUCUUGAAAGAUGGCGGAGAGGUAACUACUGAAUAUGGUUCAUUUAAUUUAAUAAAGGACUCACAGUUCUUCGUGAGAAAGUCGGAUGUUGAAAGGUUGAUUCAACAAGGGUAUCUAGAAGAAAUUGUAUAG